CGGCGGCAUCGCGGCGGUCGCGGGGGAGGGGCACGGCGUCAGCGCGUCGCCGGCUGGGCUGCGCCGGUGGCCAGGAGGGAGAGACGAGGAGGAGGAGGAGGAGGAGUCAUCUCUGCAUUAGCCAGAUUGGACAUAUGUAAAGGGGCAUCAGUAUAUCUGGAUCAUCAGGUUGUACUUCAAGAAGACCAUAGGGAAGAACACAUUUUCAGCCUGCUGCAAAAGUUGCAAUAGAAGAUCUGAAGGUUUGAAUGGGCCAAUGAGUAUUCUUAUCAUUGAAGCAUUCUAUGGAGGGUCCCAUAAACAACUGGUGGAUCUUCUCCAAGAAGAGUUAGGAGACUGUGUCCUUUAUACCCUUCCUGCAAAGAAAUGGCAUUGGAGAGCUCGGACAUCUGCUUUAUACUUCUCUCAGAACAUUCCCAUCAGUGAGCAUUACAGGAUCCUCUUUGCAAGCUCAGUGCUUAACCUGACUGAACUGGCUGCCCUUCGGCCUGACCUUGGGAAACUGAAAAAGAUUCUGUACUUUCACGAGAACCAGUUGGUAUAUCCUGUCAAGAAAUGUCAGGAGAGGGAUUUCCAAUAUGGAUACAACCAAAUUCUUUCAUGCCUGGUGGCUGAUGUGGUUGUAUUCAACUCAGUGUUUAAUAUGGAAUCAUUUCUCACUUCCAUCGGAAGAUUUAUGAAGCUGAUUCCUGAUCAUAGACCUAAGGAUCUGGAAAGCAUCAUCAGACCCAAGUGCCAAGUUAUUUAUUUUCCCAUCAGGUUUCCUGAUGUGAGCAGAUUCAUGCCCAAGCACAAAACAACCCAUUUAAAGAAGAUGCUCAGCCUUACAGGAAAUGGCGGUGCAGUUCUGUCCACGGCCCUUCCUUUUCAGCCAGAGCAGAGAGAUUCAGAAGAUUUAUUGAAGAAUUUUAAUUCAGAGUGUGAUACACACUCUGGCCUUGCUACUGCACAAGAAUGUUUGGGUAACUCAGGAAGACAGGAAUCAGACUUGAAAAAGUCCAACUCGUCAGAUAAUUCAGGCUGUCAUCAUGGAGAGAAUAAACAAGAUCUGACUGUUAAUCCCGACAUUUUGGGUGAAGUUGAUAAUCAGCAAAGACUGCUGCACAUUGUCUGGCCUCACAGGUGGGAGCAUGAUAAAGAUCCAGAAAGCUUUUUUAAGGUAUUAAUGCAUCUUAAGGACUUAGGACUCAAUUUCCAUGUCUCAAUCCUUGGAGAAACCUUCACAGAUGUCCCAGAUAUUUUUUCAGAGGCCAAAAAGGCAUUGGGAUCUUCUGUCUUACACUGGGGCUACUUACCCAGCAAAGAUGACUAUUUCCAAGUACUAUGCAUGGCUGAUGUUGUCAUCUCAACAGCUAAGCAUGAAUUCUUUGGAGUGGCAAUGUUGGAAGCUGUGUACUGUGGGUGUUACCCACUUUGUCCUAAAGAUUUGGUUUAUCCCGAAAUAUUUCCAGCUGAAUAUCUGUAUUCAACACCUGAACAGCUUUCAAAAAGGCUCCAGAAUUUCUGCAAGAGACCAGCUAUUAUAAGAAAACAUCUCUAUAAGGGUGAAAUCACUCCAUUUUCUUGGGCAGCCCUACAUGGUAAAUUCAGGUCUCUGCUUACAACAGAACCUAGGGAAGAUUUGUGACAGAUGGGGCUAAGUCACAAACUUGCAGCCUAAGGCAGAAUCUGAAGAACUUUCCAGAGUGUGCCCAUAUUUACCUGAUCAGAGAGAAAAGAAAAUCUGCAGAGGAAGCUGAGCCUGGCUGCUUGUCAUAGCUGACACAGAGCCAUCUGCCACAAACCUGUGGCGGCUUCAGAUCUCCAAUCCCUGCCACCACCCCAACUCAAAUUAAAUACAGAUUCCUAGAGACGUUAUGAUGGUUACACAUGUCCUCGGCAUCACAUGUAGGAGACUGUUCAAAAAAAUAUGUGGCCUGUUGUAUAACCGCACUCAUGUAUCCCAUAUGUGGUGCCACAUUGAAUUUCCGGUUGAAUCCGUUUUUAUCCUUUGUACUGGAUGACAUGGUGCCUGAAUUCUUUCUUUUCGCCGACACGAUGGCAGCCAAACUGCAGCUUCAAACGCUCACACUUGGCUGGGUUUCUACCUAGGUUGCCAGGUUAUCGUCGGAGCCUUCUUGUGUCCUCAAAGGGCCACGAGGCCUGUAAGGAGGAUCAGAAUGCUUCGGAACUAAUUGGGCAGGCAUCGCAGAAUUGUUUGUGGGCAAAGGGCUGCUUUAGCACUUUUCUUUUAGCAAAUUAAUGACUCUCAGGCAUAGGUUUUUAAGUGAAGGUAUUAAUAAGAGGUCUGGCAGGUAUUCCCAUGAUUCACAUAGUUACAUUUGCAUUUCAUUAAUCUUAAAGAAAGUUGCAAGAUAAACAGCUGUAAUUCGGACAAGCAUGACAAACACAGUGAGGCCAUCUAGCCCAUAAAAUGAGCACUGACAUAGUUGUUUUAAUUUUUUUCCCCAGGUAAAAAUAGAGAAAUCAAAAUACUUCUAACAAAACCAGUAAUUUUGAUAGAAAUAUUUCUCAAAAAUACUUGCAUCCACCUACAAAUAUAACCUUUUCAAGAUAAACGCUUGUGAUUCCAAUAGUCAAACUGCUGUGUUUGUUGAUGUAAAGAUGUUUUGAAUGGCUAGAUGGUAAAAUAAGUUUUUAAUAAAGUACCCACUGCCAUUUUUAAUUAGCAUAUUCAUUUACGUAUAGAUGUAUACAUCUACCUAUAUGUUUCUCACUGAAUGUUUUCCUUGUGACAGAGACAACGAAUACAAUUGUUUCUUUUCCGGAUGAACAAGGAUCUGUUUUGCAAAUGUUUGUAAGAUAUUAUGACAUUUCCAAGAUUUUCUUUGCAUUCUGGAAAGCAGGAGGUAAACAUUUGUAGUCAUUAAGGUAAAGUCUGUUGAUAAACCAUCUUCUGUUUACUGACAGGUAAAUUUUAACUUUCCUAGCUUUUGAAAUGAAUAACUUCUAUAUACCACAGAGUGAGGCACAGCCAGGGAAAGGUGGCUAGACAAGGGGCAAGCCAGGCUCUCUGGCUUCUGGAAGGAUUGAGUAGGCUAUCAGGCAUCUUAGAUAGAGAAGGCAGUGAUUCAGAAGUCCAGUAAGGCCCAUUUGACAGGUAGCAAAAUUGAAAGCAGGAAAUAGAUAAGGUUAGGGAGUCAGACAAAGGCGUUGGGAGAGAGGCGGUAUGGCAUACCAAAGAAAUCAGGAGUUCAGAGUCCAUGAGGCCUGGGAAUUUAAAAGCAGGAAGAGUAAGAAGCAGAAACAGCAAGCUCCAUCUGAAUAGACUCCUCCCUCCAACCUUUAUGAGACCAACAGUGUGUGAUGGGCCAUCACAGCACUGGCUUCUAGACUCUUACAGGGAAGCCAGUGAACAAAAUUACCUCCUCACCCAGAAAACAAAGAGCUAAGGACUAUUUUGGAAGUUCCUUCCCGUCUAAGACUGUGGAACUCAGAAUCUAGCAGGCGUGCUCCAUUGGAGAGCAAAGCUAAAGAUAUAAAUAUGAAUAAGAAAUUCUUUGCCACUUCUCCUGGGCAGGGUUAUACUUUAUGCUAUCUACUGGGAUAAACCAGAUGUGUCAGUUUGCUUCUGUCAGGUGCUAUGUCACAGACAACAUCUUCUCAAAAUAAUACUAUCUCACAACCAGGAAAUAGUGCUUUAUUGACUUUGUUUUUCUAUUCUGAAAAUAAUGGGCCUACAUUUUAUAGUGGCUAGGAUAUUCUACACACAACUAGUACCCAUAUAUCUUUUCUCACUAAUUGAUAGGAAAAAAAAAAAGGCACUAAACAUUUAUGCAUUUUCCUGAUUUAGGCAAAUAUAAUUGGAAGUUACCUGUAUGUGGGCAUUUUUUCUACAAUCAUAAAUGCAAAUCAAAUUUUGCCUUUAGCUGGGGCCAACAUUCCUCCCAGAACAAAAACUUACAUUAAAGGUGUCACUUAUUUGCAUGAU